AUGGCCUGGGCUGAAGAGACUUCUACAACGCAUGGCAACGAUCGUAUUGACGCCUCUGGCGUCCAAGACACUGCAGCAGAGGCCCAGCCUAUGGCGGAAACCCAUAACGGCUCCAUUAUCCUCCCGAAUUGGGUCUUCUCAUACGAUUUCGGGUGCUCGAGCCCUGUGUUCGAAGUUGGCAGCCCUGAGCGCAAACCGGUUGAUGAUAUGCCGCCUCCCCUGUUGGACAACUCGGUAGUGGCACCCUCGUUCAGCCUCGAGCCUGCGAUCAGCGCUGCUGCGCCCGCCUCAGUAACACCGUAUUUGAAGCAUGACAGCAGGGAUGCCUCUUUGGGGUUUGACAGGUCUCUUUGGUACAGACACUGGACGCAUGAGGUCUACAAUGUGAUAAAAGGAUAG